GCCUAUAAAAAGCAAGAAGAAGCGUCGGUCUACCAGGUCUGGAUCAGCGUACGUUAGCAUUUGCACUUUAGCUUUGGAGCUUCAUGAUUAUGUCUACAGGCUUCCUCCUCACAGUCCGAAAUGUCUGAGCUUGUGGAAGAUUUAGUGUCGCCCUCCUCUUUAAACGCCGACACCCAGGAAGACUGCAGUAACCCUCCGGGCGGCGAGGACUACCUGUUUGUGGAGGCCCGGCACCCCAACACCGUCCUGCAGGGCCUCAACACCCUGCGGCUCUUCAACUCCUUCUGUGACGUCACUCUGUGCUGUGGCGGACAGGAGUUCCCCUGUCACCGCAUCGUGUUGGCUUCCUUCAGCUCUUACUUCCAGACCAUGUUCACCACCGACCUGAAGGAGUCCAAGCAGGAGCGUGUGGCCAUCAAUGGAGUGGAGCCACAGAUGAUAGGCAUGCUGGUGAGGUACGCCUAUACGUCAGCGGUCUACAUUUCCAAAGCAAAUGUCCAGGCCUUGUUGGCGGCGGCCAACCUGCUGGAUGUGAUGGCUGUGCGGGAGGCCUGCUGUCGUUUUAUGGAGCGUCAGAUGGACGAGAUAAACUGUGUGGGGAUCCACUGCUUUGCCGAGGCACAUUCAUGUAAGCAGCUGGAAACUCAAAGCAUGGACUAUAUUCUUGAGCACUUCAGCUGCGUCUGUCAACAGGAGGAGUUCCUGUCUCUGUGUGUGGACAAGCUGACUGAAAUUCUAGCCAGUGACGACCUGAACGUGUCUCGAGAGGAGCUGGUGUUCGAGGCUGCCAUGCUGUGGCUAAAUAAAUGUCCAUCCCGCAAGCAGAGCUUUGACAAGGUCCUGGAACACGUCCGUCUGCCUCUCAUCAGCCCUUACUACCUCCACGAUGUGAUCGAGUCUGUUGACGUGGUGAAGGAGAACCAGGGUUGCCAAAGGCUUAUCUCUGAGGCCAAAGACUACCUGCUGCUAAAGGACCGCCGCAGAGAGCUCUUCUGCCCCCGGGCACGGCCUCGUAAAUCCACCGGAACAUCCGAAGUCAUCGUAACAGUCGGUGGGGAGGACGACAAGGUGGUGUUGCGCACCGUGGAGAGCUUCGAUCCUGCGACCAAUAAGUGGAAUAACCUGGCAUGCCUGCCUUUCGCUGUGAGCAAGCACGGUUUGGUGGUCUCCGACUCCACUCUGUACUUAGCUGGAGGGGAGUUUCCUGACGGCUCAGCCAGCAGGGAGUUAUGGCGCUACGACACGUGCUUCAACACCUGGAUGGAAAUGGCUCCAAUGAACGUUGCCCGCUCUGAACUUGGGCUUGUGAUGCUGGAUGGUUUUGUUUAUGCUGUGGGCGGUUGGGAAGGACGCUACCGUCUGGCCUCAGUGGAGUGCUACAACCCUCACACCAACUCCUGGCAGUUCACAGAGUCCGUCAAGAUGGCUGUCACCAGCCCUGCUGUGGUGGCCCUCGACGGUCUGCUCUACGUUACUGGUGGAGCAGUUCUGGAGGAUGGCGACGGCACAGAUCUCACACAGGUGUACGACCCUAAAACCGCCACUUGGACGGAAGUUUCCGCAAUGCAGAUUCCUCGUUCUGGUUCAGCAGCUUGUACGCUAAAAGGAAGGAUUUAUGUUAUAGGUGGCUGGCACGCCUCAAAGGAAAACACAGACAAGGUGGAGUGUUACAACCCGAAGACAAACCAGUGGACCAUGUGCUCCGCCAUGAAAGAACGACGCUACCGGCCCGGUGCUACCGUGCUGGAUGGAAAGAUCUACGUCCUGGGAGGAGAGGAAGGAUGGGACCGAUACCACGACACCAUCGAGAGUUUCUGCGACAUAACGGACACGUGGGAAAUAGUCGGGGAGUUGCCCAGCAGUCGCAGCUGGCUCAGCUGUGUGUCGCUCCUGCUGAGGAAGGACAUCAGCUGCAACAUCUGCCCCAGUAAGCCAAACGACAAGUAAAUGAGAGACACAGAGCUGUAUUUUUCUACUGUAAGAAUGACUCAAUGCUGAAUUGUUGCUGUUUGGGCCAAAGAUUUCAAUUGUGAAUAUUUUUUUUUUAAAAGUACGUGUUUGUAUUAAACAUUGUUUUUGUCACAUGUUUUUGUUUUGCAAUUGGUGUCCAUAAUGUUAAAUAAAAAUGACUAAU